AUGGCCAACAAACAAAAACUGUGCCCUGAUAGUCUAGCCUGUCCGUUGUGUCUUGAAGCCUUCAAAAGCCCCACUCUCCUUCAGUGUGGACAUACAUUCUGUAAGGACUGCCUUGAAACUUACGAUGAGAAACAUACAUUUUGGGAUUACAUGGACUGCCCUCUCUGUAGGAACCGCACCAAGCUAGGUCCUUAUAGGAUUGCUGGACUCCCGCCAAACUUUUCAUUGAGAGGUCUUCAGGAUGAUCUUCACGAUGAGUGUCUGUUACCAAACUCCUGUGUCUUGCACAAGACAGAGUGCAAGAACAUUUUCUGUGAAGUGUGUGAGAUAUUUAUCUGUAUUACGUGCUUCAUCGAAAGCCAUCAAAGUCACAGGAUUAUCAAGAAAGAAGAUCUGGAGAAGGGAUUGAGAAAGAAAAAAGUCACUCUUAGUCAAGAGAGUAAAAUCAGGAAAACCCAAGCUGAACAGUCUGUGGAAAAUGCUGAGCAGCAAAAAAGGAUCAUAAACUGUCACCUUGGAGAAUUGGAAUGUAGCAUUAGAGAUGUGCUUGCCAAGAAAAUAACAGUCCUCCAGGAAAACGAGAAAAAACUAAUAAAAGAGGUCAAUGAUAUUCGGGAGGAUGCAAGCAAGCAAUUGGACAAAGAUAUUGCUCAUCAGAAACAAACGAUAAAGAAGAUAGAGAGAUCUAUUGCGAACUUGACGAACAGCAUGACGAAGGAUGUAAAUGACGAUAUCCUUAUUGAACUUCAUUUGUACUCUAAUGAUCUUGAAAAGUCGUUGAAGAAAACAAAUGUAGAGGGAUCCAUGCCGAAAUUGCAAGCAGUAAAGAGUGCACAUUUUGUUGCCGGUGCGAAGGAGCUCCUUGACCUAGGUCAUAUAGAGAUGAAAGGGAAGAAGACUUCAGUAUUUGCUAAUGGAUGUGUUCCUAAAAACCAGGUUUACAGUUUCGCUCCACCACUAGUGAAAAUACGUUUUGGAAAGAACGGUUCAUGGUUUCUAUAA